AUGUCACCACGAAACAAACCUAAAAAUAAAGGUGUUAUACAAAAAAAGACAAUUACCAAAAAAACUGCUAAACACAAACAUGCUGCUAAACAUAAAUACCUUAGUGAAGAUAUUGAAAUAGAAGAUAUUAACGAUGAUGUUGAAAUAAUCAAUAUUAGUGAAGAUAUUGAAAUUAUGGAUAUAAGCGAUAACAUUAAAAUUAUGGAUAUAAGUGAUGUCAUCAAAAUUAUGGAUAUAAGUGAUGAUAUUGAAAUGAUAAAUACUAAAGAUGACAUUGAAAUUAUUGAUAUUAAUGAUCAUUAA